CCCUCCCGCUCGAGCCGAUAUUGAUUCAAGGUCCCGAAUGCAGCUAUCUUUUUGACCGAGCAAGUAAUAAAACCAACAAAAAAAAAGGACGCGUUUACGGAGUUAUUUUACUUGUCGCUAAUACAGAUAUCGUCAGCUCUGGCUGAGGGCAAGCGGUGGUUGCGAUCAUUUAUGUUAUUGGACGGGCGACGACUAACAAAUGGCUCGGUGAGAUGUACUGAACAGAGCAACUUAUUGCCCGCUCUAGCUGGUCAGCUAGCUGUAGCUUCAGCUGGCUCAAUUUGCUCAGUUCAAGUUGCAUGUUUUGAAGCAGCCAGCAAAUGAACAUGUUUCUGUCCGGUGAUGCGUCUGAAGAAGUCGGUGGUGUUUGAGCGUGUCAUGGGUACGGAUGAAGAGUGUCCACCGUUGUUAGUCAAAUGAUGGUCGACGCUAGAUAGCCAUAAACUAAAGAGGUUUUAAUGUUCUUGUGUUGGUUUUUUUUGUAGAAAUUGUUUUAACUUCUUGCUAGUUGAUUGAUGUUUUGGGUGGAAAAGCUCUCCCUUUCAUUUUGGGAAAAUACAUUUUGGUUGAACCACGGAUGACAUGUAUUGCGGAACACUGGACACGAGUGAAUCUUAUAGUAUAUAAGCGUCGGGAUAUGUUAUUGAAGCAUUGUUGGAUUUUGCUUUAAAACAAUUAUCAAACAUACAGGAUCACAUCUUAUCUGAAAGGAUUGCUUCCGUUCCUUUGGAGUACCUGAUAAAUCCGUGGAGAUUCACCGUACCGACGGUUUUUUCCAAAGAACCGAUAUGGCAAACGAUUCAGUUCAGAGCGACCCCGGCGGGCUGUCCGUCCUGGAGCAGCUGGGCCUGGACCAGGGCUCAGACUUCUCGGACGCGAGCGUGCAGCACCGUCUGGACGAGCAACGCGAGCGCAUCCGCCGCGAGAUCCGUAAGGAGCUGAAGAUCAAGGAGGGCGCGGAGAACCUGCGGCGCGCCACCACUGACAAGCGCAAUGCCCAGCAGGUGGAGAACCAGCUGCGUACCUCCAACCGUCGUCUCGACUCGCUCCAUGCCCAGCUGCAGGAGCUCGACGCCCACAUCGUCGUCAAGGGGACAGACGACGCACGCGAUGACACACCACAGUCUCCGGGGGCGGAGAGCCGGGCGUCGGCCCAUCAGGAGCGCAUCGCCGCGCUGGAGAGACAACUCAACAUCGAGCUCAAAGUCAAGCAGGGCGCCGAAAAUAUGAUCCCCAUCUACGCCAAUGGAUCUACCAAGGAUAAGAAGAUGCUACAGACAGCCCAACAGAUGCUUCAGGACAGCAAGACUAAGAUUGACAUCAUCCGUAUGCAAAUCCGCAAGGCAGUGCAGGCCUACGAACACAACGAGGACACACAGGGGAAGCCGGAUCCAUGCGGCUUGGAGCUGCGGAUGGAGGAGCUACGUCACCACUACCGGGUGGAGCACGCCGUGGCGGAGGGAGCCAAGAAUGUGCUGAGGCUGCUCGGGGCCAGCAAAGUACAGGACAAGAAGGCCAUGUCAGAGGCUCAGUGUCGUCUGAGUGAGUCCUCCCAGAGGCUGGACCUGCUGCGUUCCUCUCUAGACCAGCGUCUGGCCGAGCUGCCUGAGGAUCACCCAAAAGCGAGUCUGAUUAAGGAGGAGCUGGUCCUGGCAUCCUCCCCCACCUUCAGCUCCCGCCAUGGAGCCCCUUACCUGCACAAUCAGUACAGCACACUCUGCAAGCCGUCCCCUCUCACCGGGAGGCUGCAGGUAACGUUGCUGGGAUGCGUGGGCGUGCUGGAGGUGGUUCCGGGGCGUUGUCGUGGCAGCCCGGUGGUGUUGCCGUGCUACGGUCCUGGCGAGGGUCGUUCGUUCAUGCGUGGCGGGAAGGGCUUGUACAGCCGCAGCGGCAGCGUGAGCGGCAAGAACACACUCAAAACAGAUGACCUAUCCUCGGAAGUGAGUGCCGUGCUGAAGCUGGAUAACUCUGUGGUGGGCCAGACAGCAUGGAAGACAGUGGGAGAACAGGCCUGGGACCAGACCUUUACCAUAGAGCUGGAGAGGUCCAGAGAGAUGGAGAUCGCAGUUUACUGGAGAGACUACCGCUCCCUCUGUGCACUGAAGUUCCUGAAACUCGAGGACUUCCUGGACAACCAGAAACACAGAGUUCAGCUGGAAUUAGAACCACAGGGUCUACUGCUGGCUGAGGUGACGUUCUUUAACCCCGUCAUCGAUCGGGUGCCGCGCCUCAAGAGACAAAAGAAGGUCUUCUCCAAGCAGCAAGGUAAAGCUUUCCUACGAGCUCGUCAGAUGAACGUAGAUAUCGGCACAUGGGUGCGCUUGUUGAGAAACGCCAUCCCAACCGUCAACAAUACGGGCACUUACAGCCCCAGUGCAGCACACACUCUACACACUGGGGAGAUCUCUGUGGACAAACUGAGUCUGGACUGUGACUCUCCCAUGAGAGUGGAGCUCAGGAGGGACAUGUCGGACUCACACACUCCGGAGAGGCAGCAGGUGACUGAGCCAAGCACUCCCCAAGACACAGUGACUCCUCACCGACCCACCAGGACACUGUCAGUGGGCAGUAAGCAAAAGAAGAUGUUGCUUGCUAUCAAUGACUUCAGGUUAAUCGCCGUGCUGGGCAGGGGCCAUUUUGGCAAGGUGCUGCUGGCAGAGUACAAGGCAUCGGGCUGCAUGUACGCUAUCAAAGCACUGAAGAAGGGAGACAUUGUGGCCCGGGAUGAGGUGGAGAGUCUGAUGUGUGAGAAGCGGAUCUUCGAAAUCGUGAACCGCUCGCACCACCCGUUCCUGGUAAACCUGUUUGCGUGCUUCCAGACGCCUGAGCACGUGUGCUUUGUUAUGGAGUACACGGCAGGGGGUGACCUCAUGAUGCACAUUCACGCCGACGUCUUCACAGAACCACGGGCAAUGUUCUAUGCUGCCUGCGUGGUGCUAGGCCUGCAGUUUUUACAUGAGCACAAGAUUGUAUAUAGGGACCUGAAAUUGGACAAUCUGCUGCUUGACACAGAUGGAUAUGUGAAAAUAGCUGACUUCGGACUGUGUAAAGAAGGCAUGGGCUUUGGGGACAAGACCAGUACAUUCUGUGGUACUCCUGAGUUUCUGGCCCCUGAGGUCCUGACGGACACAUCGUACACGCGGGCAGUGGACUGGUGGGGACUCGGAGUUCUCAUCUACGAGAUGCUUGUUGGAGAGUCUCCAUUCCCAGGGGACGACGAAGAGGAAGUGUUUGAUAGUAUAGUAAAUGACGAAGUCCGUUACCCACGAUUCCUCUCAUCAGAAGCCAUCGCUAUUAUGAGGAGGCUCUUGAGGAGGAACCCGGAGAGAAGGCUGGGCUCUGGGGAGAAGGAUGCGGAGGAGGUGAAGAAGCAGCCCUUCUUCAGGAGCAUGGACUGGGAGACCCUCCUGCAACGCAAACUCCCUCCCCCCUUCGUCCCCUCGAUUGGAGGCGAAGAGGAUGUCAGCAACUUCGACGAUGAGUUCACGACAGAAGAGCCCGCUCUCACGCCGCCCCGAGAACCACGUGUGCUCUCACGCAAAGACCAGGACAGCUUCCGUGACUUCGACUACGUCUCAGACCUCUGCUGAGCUCCACCAAGUAUUUACUCGGGGGCGCAGAGGGUCAACGCUCACGCAGGUGUCAUUUAGGACCAGUCGUUUUGUUUUUUCUUCGCCCACUACGACGCCGGCUUGGCUGCAAGAAGGACCGUCAUUACCACUAACAUUGUGACACAGCAAAUGAAGGGCAGCCACUUUGGAUGGCAUGUGGAUGGAUUUUAGGGACACCAGAGUGAAGUUUGACAAGAGUUCGGCUGCGUGGAGCAUUUGCACUGUGAAACAGAAAUAGUUACACAGAAGGAGUAGGCAAAAGAUAAGAAAUGGUGUGUGUGUGUGUGUGUGUGUGUGUGUGUGUGUGUGUGUGUGUGUGUGUGUGUGUGUGUGUGUGUGUGUGUGUGUGUGUGUGUAAAAUACAGCAAGACAAUAACAUAGACUGGUACGGGAAGAGAGUAGCUAAAGGCUAACACAGUCUUCCGUGAUGAUGAUAAAUGAAUGUCUUUCAGACGGGUCUGACUUUCCAAAACCAUCUCCAGGUCUUAUUUCUGUCUUUACUUUGCAGCCAUUCACUAACUGAAAACUGAUACGGCAAGCAGCCUCUUCCCGACAAGGUGUUCGGAUCCAGUGAUUCCGGAAUGCCAGUGAUAUGUUUGGAACCAGGAAUGGAAAUGCCUUAACUUUAUAUUCUGUCCUUUUAGAAAUUGUUUUAUUUCGACUCUUUUAAAGCAUGUUAGUCAUAAGAACUGAGAAGGAUGCUUUGAGUUGAUGUGAUACGAAAAGUAUGAAAAUGGAUUGCGAGAAUCAUGAAUUAAUGGUGCGUAUACUGUUUAUCCUGAAAGUUUCUAGGUUUUUCAAAGAGUUAAAACAAAAUGAUGCUUUAAAGUUUAAGACAAAUUGACAGAAUUUGGGUAUGCCUCAGAUACUUCAGAUACCAACAGAGAGAAUACCAUCAGAAUCGGUAUGAUACUACUGUGAUUGUGGUCACUAUUUAAUAAAAUGUAGGACAGGAAAUCCCAGUUUAAGAUUAAAAUAGGGAUUUGAUAUGUUAAAUCGCGGUUCAUGGUGAAAUGUCGUCCAGUGCUACAUGUUUGUGUUAUAGAAACCAAAGCCUCCAAAACAAAGGUCUGCAAUCAUAACAAAAAAUAUGAUUUAAUCCCAAUCUACCUAAUAUGUGUUAGGAAGAUAUCCAGCCAAGGCCAGCAGACUAAAACUCUUAAUGAAUAAUGUCAUAAAACGUGUCUGACACACAAAACGCUAACGGUUCCUUUUUUUUUAUUCGUUUCUUAUUUGAAUGGGAUGAGUUUUAAAUUUUGGGGAGUUUUGGUCUUGGUUUUGUUUUUUAGACAGGGAUAUAUAGCAAAUUAAUUGUGUCCUGAUCCUGUAUUUUUUAUUUUAGUAAAAUUUGAUUGUAAUCAAUGUUUACUUUAAAUAUCUAUUUUGGAAUCACUUGUAAAGGUUUUUGCACAAAAAAAGGAGAAUGUUUGAUCUUGUUUCAUAUAACACAGGCAUAAACACACUGUGAUGAUAUUGUAGCGCAACGUCUAGUACAUACUUUGCCUUUAAACCUGAAUGUUUAUCACUCAUCACAAAAUGAGACAGCUAAUGUCCAGAGAGUAAAACAAAUCCUGUUUUCCAGUGA